GGGUGAAGGGUGCCGUACUCUUCCUCUUUCUGGGCACGUGGGAUUUGACAGCCUGCCGGACCAGCUGGUUAACAAAUCAAUUAAUCAUGGCUUUUGUUUCAAUAUCCUCUGUGUGGGUGAAACUGGUCUUGGAAAGUCCACUCUUAUGGAUACAUUGUUUAACACACAAAAUUUGAGGGUGAACAAAGUUCUCACGCCCAGCCUGGAGUUCAACUAAAAACUUGCACAUAUGAUCUCACAGAGAGUAGUGUACGUCUGAAAAUGACUAUUGUCAGUUCCAUAGGAUUUGGGGACCAAGUUAAUAAGGAAGACAGUUACAAGUCCCUUGUCGAGUUCAUUGACUUCCAGUUUGAAGCCUACUUGCAGGAAGAGUUGAAGAUUAAGCGAGUUCUUCAUAACUACCACGACUCUCGUAUUCAUGCGUGCCUGUACUUCAUUGCCCCCACUGGUCAUUCCCUGAAAUCUAUAGACCUGGUCACUAUGAAGAAACUGGACAGCAAGGUUAACAUCAUUCCCAUCAUUGCAAAGUCCGACUCCAUUUCAAAAAGCGAACUAACUAAAUUUAAGAUUAAAAUCACGAGUGAACUGGUCAGUAAUGGGGUGCAGAUCUAUCAGUUUCCAACUGAUGAUGAAACUGUGGCAGAAAUUAAUGGGACAAUGAAUGCUCAUUUGCCAUUUGCAGUUGUUGGGAGUACAGAGGAAACCAAAAUAGGAAACAAGAUGAUGAAGGUCCGGCAGUACCCAUGGGGCACUGUUCAAGUUGAAAAUGAAUCACACUGUGACUUUGUAAAGUUACGAGAAAUGCUUAUACGGGUGAACAUGGAAGAUUUGCGGGAACAGACACACACGCGUCAUUAUGAGUUGUACCGACGGUGCAAAUUAGAGGAAAUGGGGUUCCAGGACACCGACCCUGACAGUAAACCUUUCAGCCUACAAGAGACAUAUGAAGCAAAAAGGAAUGAGUUUCUAGGUGAACUGCAGAAGAAAGAGGAAGAAAUGAGACAAAUGUUUGUGCAGAGGGUAAAAGAGAAGGAAGCAGAAUUAAAAGAAGCAGAAAAAGAGCUGCAUGAGAAGUUUGACCGCUUGAAGAAAUUGCACCAGGAGGAGAAGAAGAAGCUUGAGGAUAAAAAGAAAAGCCUGGAGGAUGAAGUCAACGAAUUCAAGAAACGCAAGACGGCAACAGAAUUACUCCAGUCCCAAGCACAACAAGCAGGGGGAUCACAGACCCUAAAAAGGGAAAAGGAGAGGAAAAAGUAA